ACGACUUUGACCGCGACGCACAAGGUACAGAGUCACUGGUGAAGCAGCCAGUCCAGCUUUGAGCUGCCCCGCUCCAUAAAUCGCACUUAAAUCCACCCUGGCGGUGGACAGAGUCCAGGAAAACUGGAAGAGAAAUUUGGAUUUUAACGGGCAGAGAACCAUCAUAUAAAAUCUUCACAAGACUCGCCGCAAUUCAGGGCUAGAUUUGCACUGUGUUGGACAGCUGCAGCUGACUUCAACUUCUUUGUCAGGUUCCGUAAAUAAUUGUCAACAAACUUGGACCCGAUAUUUAUUUAACCGUCUUCCGUUACUCUGGGCUCAUCUGCACAUUUGCAAGAUGAAUUCAUCUAUUCUGUUAACAUUAUGCGUGUUAUACACAGCAGUUCAGUAAAUGACUGACAUAUUAAGAUUAAAGUCACUAUGCGUGCUUUGUGAGCUGGCUUCUGUGCAGUGACACCAACAUGUCACUUACCAUAAAGCUGGUUGUUAGGAAAUAAUUUUCUAUCCGCACGUCCUGAUAUGGAAAUGUGAAUACAAUUGGGACACGCCCGCAAGCAAUAAUAGGCUACCCAAGCUUUUUAGAAAUCCUGGCAACAGUGCAAUACUUCUCUGAUCCCCCUCCUGGGAUUGUGGUCUAUUCAAACAGAACUGUUGAGAAGACUUGUAGUGUGGCAAUCAAAAGGACAACCAUUCGAACAGCUGCAGCACCUCUGGCAACUCGAGGGAACCUUGUUUUCUGGAAGCGAUACCGGCGGAGUUGAUGAAUGUCGCUGUCUUUAUUGGUGACCUCGCCAUAGCAAAUGUAAUAUUUGUUCCUCUUAAAAUUUACAGUAUUUCAGAGGGACUCCUUGGAAGGUGACCAUAAACUAUUCUUAACAACUUGAAGCGCGUUUUUGUACCCAGUGGCACAGUGGACACUUGGACAAGGUAUCCAUUUCCUUGUCCGGGGUUUAGGCAAGCCAAUAGUAGGCUAUGGCAUCCUCAUGGGAAAACUGGAUUUGGUUACUCUGGAGACGGACUUUAGUUCCCUCUCUCCUCGUGCUUUGGGUCACCUGUCUCGGGACACACGGAGGAGAGGAUGACGCUUUUAAUGCAGAGUCAUGGCUGCGGAUGUAUGGCUACCUGCCUCAGGCCAGCAGACAGAUGUCCACCAUGCGGUCAGCUCACAUCCUUUCCAAUGCCGUCAGCGACAUGCAGCGUUUCUACGGCCUGCAGGUCACCGGCGCGAUGGACCACGGCACGGUGACAGCCAUGCGGAGGCCGCGCUGUGGAGUCCCAGACAAGUUUGGGGGUCAGAUCAAGACCAACGUUCGGCGGAAACGUUAUGCACUCACUGGCCACAAAUGGAACAAGAGCCACCUCACCUACAGUAUACAGAACUACACACCAAAGAUCGGGGAGUACAACUCGUAUGAGGCCAUCCGUAGGGCCUUCAAGGUGUGGCAGAAGGUGACCCCGCUGACCUUCGAUGAGAUCCCCUACCAGGAGAUCAAAUAUGGCCGCAGGAAGGAGCCUGACAUCAUGAUCUUCUUUGCCUCGGGUUUCCAUGGAGACAGCUCACCCUUCGAUGGCGAGGGCGGGUUCCUGGCCCACGCCUACUUCCCUGGUCCUGGUAUGGGCGGUGAUACUCACUUUGACUCUGAUGAGCCGUGGACCAUCGGCAAUGGGAACUUGCAAGGUAAUGAUCUGUUCCUUGUUGCGGUACAUGAGCUGGGCCAUGCCCUGGGCCUGGAACACUCCAACAACCCAAUGGCCAUCAUGGCUCCUUUCUACCAGUGGAUGGAAACGGAUGACUUUCAACUGCCCGAGGAUGACCUCAGAGGAAUACAACAGAUAUAUGGUCAGCCAGACGGUACACCCACCCAGGCUCUUCCCACGGUCACUCCUCGCCGGCCAGCCCAGCCAGACCCCAAACCCCCCAACUCUCCACCCAACUCUCCCCCCAAGUCACCCCCUAACUCUCCACCCAACUCUCCCCCCAAGUCACCCCCCAACUCUCCACCCAACUCUCCCCCCAAGUCACCACCCAACUCUCCUCCCAACACUCCGCCCAGAUCUCCCCCUAAAUCUCCCCCCAACGCCCCACCCAGAUCUCCCCCUAACUCUCCCCCCAACGCCCCACCCCGGAGGCCAGACAAUCCCCGCACGACUGCCCGCCCGGACCACUACGGCCCAAACAUCUGUGAAGGAAACUUCGACGCGGUCACCAUGCUCAGGGGAGAGAUGUUUGUGUUCAAGGGUCGCUGGUUCUGGAGGGUGCGGAGGAACAGGGUCCUGGACAACUACCCAAUGCCCAUUGGUCACUUCUGGAGGGGACUGCCUGGGGACAUCGAUGCAGCCUACGAGAGACACGAUGGGAAAUUUGUCUUCUUUAAAGGGAAUAAGUACUGGUUGUUCAGGGAGGCAAACUUGGAGCCUGGUUACCCCCAGGAGCUGACAGACUACGGCAGGGACAUCCCCUAUGACAAGAUAGAGACAGCCAUCUGGUGGGAACCAUCAGGUUUCACAUACUUCUUCAAAGGAGACUGGUACUGGCGCUUUAACGAACAGUCCCGUGCAGUCGACAAGGACUACCCCAAGCCAAUCAGUGUGUGGGGCUCUGCGGUCCCGUCCUCUCCCAAGGGGGCUUUCCUCAGCGAUGAUGGAGCUUAUACGUAUUUCUACAAGGGAUCCAAGUACUGGAAGUUUGACAACCACCGGAUGAAGAGUGAGCCGGGCUACCCUAAAUCCAUCCUGAGGGACUUCAUGGGCUGCAGUGUGGACCUGGACCCAGACAGAGACGGGGACACCGACGCAGGCCGCAAGGUCCCCGACGUGGAUCGCCCGCCGUUCAACCCUGAUGCAGGCCGGGACAAAGACAAGGAGAAGGAGAAGGACAAGGAGCGGGACAAGGAUCGAGACCGCACCAACGAUGUAGACUAUACGGACGAGAGAGAAGAGGAGACCAACGAGGUGGACGUGGUGCUGAAGAUCGACGAGAGCGAGACGCGCACUAUGAACAUCAUCAUGGUGACAGUACCUCUGGUCCUGGUGCUGUGCAUCCUGGGACUGGUCUACGCCAUCAUCAACACACUGAAGAGGAAAGGAGCUCCCAAACUGCUGGUCCACUGCAAACGCUCCAUGCAGGACUGGGUGUGACCUCUGACCUACUUAAUAACCCCCCCACCUGAAUCCUAUCCUCAUUCCUCUAUCUUCUCAUCCAAAACAUGGUAGUAGAGACAUAAGUGCAAAUACACACACACAUAUGCACACACACACUCACACACACAGCAAACAUAAACACACUCCUAACUCAUCCCCCUCCCAUGGUGCUCUCCCCAAUGACUUGUCUGUAGUCUAUUUAUAUCAGAACGUUUGCACAUUGUUUUUUGUUUUUGUUUGGUUCAUGUUGUGUGUGAGUCUUUUUUUCUAAACCAGGAAGUGUCUGCAUUAUUCUCUCUCUCUCCGCCCCGUUACAGGGGGUUUCUCUGAGAUAACUUCCAUCUGGUUCUUGGAUUAACCUUUGAAAGGGAAACAGAGACAAAACAGAGCGAUAGAGAGAGACUGCAGCGCAGAAUGAAGGGAGUGAAGGAGGUUUGAUUCUGUGAAAAGCAGAGAGCCCCCCCCCACUCCUCCUCCCUCCCUCCCAUCUCCUCCCUCACUCAGGACUCCUUCAGCUGAAGCAGGCCUACUGCAGGUCAGGUAUCAACAGGAGAGAGAACAGUGUAAACAGUGUCACUUUUGAACUGCAACUCACCCAAUGCCUUCUAUUACUACACCUUCCAUGUUGUACAGCCACUAACUGAACUUUUGGUAUUCUCAUCUGUUUUUAAUUCAAGGGCACCAUGGAUGAUAUUGGAAAUGUUGUCCAUACUUUGUAGAAAACUUUCACAAACGUUUGGGUUAUCCAACCUAACAUGGUCUCGUGGUGCCUUUUUCAUUUCGAACCUUGUUUCGGUCCUAUUAAACCGUGGCAAUGAGAAUUUGAGUUGUUAUGAUAGGGAAGGGUUGGAAAAGAAAGGCGCUUCUUUCCCCAAAAAUGUAAGACAAAGGCAAUUCACUGUGAAAGGACUUUAUUUGGGACUUGGGGGAGUAGUUGAGGUACCGAGGUAGGAGAGACGUGGUAUUGAAUGAAUAUCCACUGGGCAAAAACUGGUUGAAUCAAUGUUGUUUCCACGUCAUUCAAUGUGAUGAUGUUGAAACAACGUGGAAAACUGAUUGGAUUUGCAAAAAGUCAUCAAAGUAAGGGAAUCUAAUUUUCUAAUUUUCCCACCAAACUUUUAACCUAAAUCCAAUCCAGCUAGCACAUUGGGAACGAAGCCAUACGCUUUUUAAACGUUCUGAGAAUGGAAGUGAAAAUUUUGCCUGUUCUGGGAACGUUCAUUUUUAGGUUGCUGGGAGGUUGUGAGAACAUUUUACUAUGGUUCCCUGAAAGUUUUCCUGUAAGGUUUUAUAAAUGUUCUGAAAAUGGAAAUUAUAGGUUAUUUGAAGGUAAUUAAAUCAUCUUCUGGGAAUAAUACUUUUAAUACCACUGCUAGCUUAGGUUAACUGUUUUGAACUCCAAGCACAGAUAGGACACAUGUUAAUUAAUCUUCUUAGGAACUUAUGAUCUUCUGCUCUCUAUCCAUGGAAUUAGUCCAUUGAUGCUGAGAACGGAGUGUAUAUGUUUUUUUAUAACAUUCUUAGAACGUUCUUUGAACGUUACUAAUGUUUUCUUGUGGUUUUUAUGGAACCUACUCUUAAUGUUUCUGAGAACAUGACUUUAAAUAGAACCAUGAGAAAACCUGUAGAAAAAAAGUCCUUCAGAAGUACCGAAAUUCCCACAGAAGAACUUUCUUUCGUAACGUUCUCCGAUCGUUCUGAGAACAUGGCUUUAAAUAGAACCAUGAGGAAACCAAUAGGUAAUUUUAUGAUGCAGUACUAAAAUUCCAACCUAAGAAACAUAUGGUUCUCAGAACGUUGUGUGCUAGCUGGGUACCCUGCACCAUUCCCAGAACAUUGUGAGAAGGUUUUAUGCAAAAUAACCAAAGGACAACCACGCUCUCACCAAGCUCUAAGAAACAUAUGAUUCUCAGAACAUUAUGUGCUAGCUGGGAAUGACAUGCUGAAAUGUUUUGUUGAUAUCAUGUUGAAUUGAAGUUAGUUGACAACUCAACCAAAAUUAAAUCAAAACUAGAGUUUGAAAUAACGUCUGUGCCCAGUGAGUAAGAGAUUGACUAAUGCUUUUAAUCUGAGAAAUAUUUGGAACAAAUGAUACUUCAGCCUCCACUGAAAUGUAUUAAUAAAUAUAAUUCAAGUAAUGCACCACACAAUGAGCCCUCUCUCUGUAAUACCCUCUCCCCUAGAUUUAAAUAGAUUGGAGGGCCUCUCUCUCGCUCUCUCUCUCUCGCUGAGCUUGUUCUAGAGAGUUAGUCCUCUGAACAUACAGCUAAUCCUCUCAUUUAAAAACAGCAGGUGUUUUAAAAUAUUGUUCACCCCCAGCCUCGAGUCUUAAGCUUUCUCUGUACCAAAGCAGGCUUCUUUUCAUUUUCUGAGAGGUCCAAACAGAGAGACAGACUUUACCAGAGAGGGAGAAGGGGAACAAGAGAGGGCGUGAGAGGCUAGAGAUCUACUAACGGAGUUCAAAGACAGAAACUUUAUCUGUUAAGUAUUUGGGAAGGCUUACGGUCUGUUCCUGGAUUGUGUUACCCAGAUGUUGGUGAUUGUUGGAAGGGGUUGGGAAUUCUGCAGGGCAGGCUGAGUGAGAGACCAGAGGUCCCUUCCUACAGCUGAGUAAGGCAGUAGGGGGAGUGAGGGAGAGGAGCUCACUGGGGACUCUUAUUGGCACUGUGUCAUACUGUAUGACCCACAUUCACUAGCUCCAGAGAAGGAACUGUGGAGUCUAUUCUGAUACCAAAGGGAAAUAGUAGCACGCAGUGUAUGUGACUUCUUUAUUUCUCACAUUGUUAUGUAUUCCCUAUGCUCUUCUCUUUGACCACUAAGGCCCAUGUACAGUACGCAUACGUCUAGUAGAUUUGCUAGCAGCCCUCUAAAGAUACUGAGAAAGGACUUGCUGUAAAGUAGAGAUAAGUCAUUAUAUAAUCAUAUACCUAACAGGUUUCACUGUUUACCAUCUGUCAAACAGUAGUUGUGAUGAGCAUGUCUGUCUGAGGCAUUGAUGGGG